GAGGGGGAGGUGGUCGAGGAUUUCGUCUGCAUCCAAAUAUGACCUCGGAGGAAAGAGACGCGCAGAUGAGAGGUCGCGCAGAGCAGCUUCAGGGAGAACUCAACUGGCAGGCGCAGAUGAAGAAACAGCUGGACGAAGAGAAGAGGAAGAAGGAGGAAUUGGAGGACAGGCUGAUGGAGGAGAAUAUGAAGAGGCAACAGGAGAGGAUGAAAGCGGAGUAUGAGGCAGAGCAGGAGAAGAGGAGGAGGAAAGAGGAAGAGCAAACCCGCCGUCGCGAGGCCCAGCUGAAGCACAUGGAGCGGCUACAGCAGGAGGCCGCCGAGAAGAAGAAGGUGCAGAGGGCGAGGACUUUGGCAGCUGCUGACGAAGCCGCGUCGUCUCUGCCCACCUCCUCCAGGCACAACACCCGCCAAAUGCAGCAGUCCAACAGUCAGCAGGACGGGAAGAAGAGAUUUUCAAACCAGGACAACGACUUCGGCCUCAACCUCAAGUCGGACUCGAGGCUCCUAGCAGCCAGAGCACCUAACAAGUUCUUUGAUGCACCGACCACUCCUGUCAAAAUGCCCAGGACAAGUGACGACCGGAAACGACCGAAGCCGUUGACACCGGCAGUCCCAGUUCCUCAGAAGGGCUAUAACCGUCGGUCCCAAAGGCCGGAAAACACACCUGGCGCUGCCGUCGACCUCCCGCCAGUCGAGACCCCGGAGAGACCAGGGCACGCCAGCCAACCAGACGAGCCUCAGAGUGGGCAUGUGAACACAUUCGAGGUUCAGACAACACCAACUGCCAGGGAUCACACGGAGGUCCAGACAGCGAAGCCACAGAAGUCUGACAUGGAGAUCCAGACCACACCAGCGUUGAACGAAUGGGAGUCCGAGAGGAAGCACGAGGAGCCACGCCCCCCGGUGGUGCGAGGUCCGCCCUUCAACUGGAAGAUCCACAUCCAGGAUAUGUCGGAGGAAGACAAGGCCAAGAUGGAGAAGAUGUCGGAGGAGGAGACGAGACACUUCAUCGAGGAGAACCAAGACCUCAUGAGCCAGCUGUCUGCCAUGAAAGUCAAUCUGCGGUCUGCGGGACCUGGUCGACAACAUGGAGAAGACGGGAAACCCAACAGCACCGGCAAAGACACGGACUCAGGCAUUGGCGGAGGAAGCACUCCGGAUAAGGACAAAGGUGGACAAAAUUCACUAGGAUCGUCGAACACUAUUCCAGCAGGAUCGAGCGAUGAUGUCGAUUACUUACGCGUUAUCUCCGGAAGGCCCGGUGAUAAGAAUAACCAACGAGGGCGAGAACCAUCCUAUCUCGAUCUUAACGACUCCACUGGGACGACCCUAAGGAAGUUCUUGGAGCACACCAAAGCACGGUCCAAGGAGUCAUAGAUAGGCACUUCUACAGCAACUGUUACUACUACUACUACGGCUACUGCUAACGACUCUUUUUUUCGGCUAUUACUAAAACUACAACGCCACUUACAUCUACUUCGACUACUUUUACUACGACUGCUGCAACUACUACUAUCACUACAACUGCUUGUGCUAUCACUAGGACUGCGACUACUAUCACUAGGACUGCUACGGCUAUUACUAAAACUACGACUACAACUCCAAUUACAUCUAGUUCGACUACUGUUACUACGACUUACUAUCACUACGACUACUAUUACUGCCACUACCACUACGACUACAACGACAAUUCAGCUAAAACCACGACACAACGACUGUGAUCUCCACUCCACCUUCACCCAUGUCUACCUCGCUCUCGUUGUCCCGGAGGCAAACGACUGAAGAAGGUAGUUUUACGCUAACUAUCGCCCGUUACUCUUCCAGUGGUCGAACUCAUUCAUGAAAAGGUGAUGGCAGGUGUAUAUGAUCCUUUGAAGUACCAGCUGGUAUGGUACUACUCUGUGCGUAUAACCUGAUGAUAUCACCUGCGGUCAGGCAUGUUUUGUGAAUGGAAAUAACGUUCAAGUAGUAGUGAAAGAGUGAUGAUAACGAGAUCGCAGGGAGAGAGGGACAGCGAGUGAGGGGAGAGAGAGAGGGACUGAGAGUGAGGGGGGAGAGAGAGGGAGAAUUAGAAAAAGGGAGUGAGUGGGCUAGAGGGAAAGGGGGAAUGAGGAAGAGAAAGCGAGAACUAGAGAAAUGUCGAGAAAGAAAUAUGGUGUUUUAUUUACACACAAUGUCCAUUAUACAAUGCAAACUACAAAUCGUAAGUAUCCAAGGCCCUGUUAUAUUUACUUUUAUUACAAUACAGUAAACA